AUGGUCUCCGGCUUUUAUCACAUAUCCAAAUGCAUACCAAUGUCCAAGCAACAUGCAGAUGAAUACUGGUUAUCCAUUUCAAUAUGGGAUGAGACCUCCGACUCCUCCUAUGGCUACAAGCUCGGAACAACUGAAAGAUUAGAAGAGGAUACACCCGGGUGCAGGGAAACUGAAGCGCCUUGUUUCUCCUCUAGGGUUGGUGAACAAGGUGAAGAGGAUAGGCUAGAUUUAGGGGAAACUGGCGAUGGCACUGCCGAGAUACCUCCGUUAGACCGAAUGGAUGGUGGUGAUAUGAUGGAGGAGCCAAAAGCGGAGAUGGAGUUUGAUUUUUUUGAGGAAUUAAUGAGCUAUUAUAAGAUAUAUGCUAAGAAAUGUGGGUUUGGAUCCAUGACACAAAGGAGUGAAAGGGAUGACGAAGGGAGUGUCAAAUAUGUCACUCUUGGUUGUGCCCGUGGGGGGAAAGCUCGGAAUAGGACAAUGAAUGUCGCCAAACCACGCCCGACAGGAAAGACUGACUGUAAGACAAUGAUUAAUGUCUUAAAAGUUAAGAGGAAGAUGCGGUUGACCACAGUUCAUAAUACCCAUAAUCACGGACUGAGUCCACAGAAAUCUCGUUUCUUCCGAUGUAAUCGCGAAGUUAGUGAGACUGUAAAAAGGGUACUUGAUACUAACGACCUAACUGGCAUUCGAAUGAACAAAAGUUUCGGAUCUCUUGUUGUGGGUGGUACUGGAGCACUUCGAGACUAUUUUUGUAGAAUGCAGUACAAGAACCCCGGAUUCUUUGCCUUGAUGGAUUUAGAUGAUGAUGAGAGGUUAAAGAAUGUCUUUUGGGCAGAUCCACGCAGUAGGGCAGCUUAUCAAGAUUUUGGUGAUGUGGUAACAUUUGACACCACGUACUUAACAAACAGAUACGGGAUGCCCUUUGCUCCCUUUGUUGGUGUAAACCAUCAUGGGCAGUCCAUUCUCUUGGGAGCAAGGUUAAUUUCUAGUGAGGACACAGAGACUUUUACUUGGUUAUUUUAG